CAUGAAAAUACGUCAACGGUUGCCGUGUUUCUGAUUACUAGAACGUGAUAGCGCAAGCAACGGCGCAUUUGCCCGAUAAGCGUUCAAAACUGUAAACCAUCCUGGUUCAAGUCUCAGCCGUCACAAACUAUCUUUAUUAUGGCUUCUCAUUCACUGCCAAUAUCAUUUACCAAAGAAGCAACUAAUUAUGCACGACUUUGUCGGCUCCUGAUUGAAGUGGGCUCCCAGGUAUUACGAGAGAAAUUCAACGACAUCCAUGACCCUGCAAAUCUCCACAUCAUACUUCACAGUUGUAUGCCUAAACUGAAGUCUCUGAGAUCCAGAGGGAUCCUUAGCCAAGCACAGUGGGACUCCAUGAACCCAGCCAUACACAAGAUGGUUUCAUCUGAGAAUUUUGACAUCUCUACCUUGUGCGUGCUCUUGAUAAACAUCUGUAACCUGUCACCUCCAGCAACAAGUUGGAGACGCCCUCCAGCUUCAAUGGAUCACUCUCUUGGGGCAGACAUUUUGAGAAUGAGGCAUUUCAGAAAUUCCCUGUAUGCGCAUGUCACGAAGGCCUCCAUUGAUGAAACCAGCUUCAAUAGCCAUUGGAAUGAUAUUCGAGAAGUGUUACUGAGACUAGGAGGGGCGAAGUAUGACGAAGUGAUAAGAAAAAUGAAAACUGAGUGCAUGGAUCCUGAUGCUGAAGAAGUUUACAAAAGCCUUUUAAAAGAAUGGCAAAAACAAGAUGAUGACAUUAGAGAUCAACUCAAAUCGAUUGACGAUAAAACGGAAAAAACCCAUGAGUUACUGCUCGAUUUAAAAGACCAUGUAGUGUCUCUAGGAGGUGUCCCAGGUGAAAGCCAGUCGCAGCUUUCUAUUGAGGAGGAAUUAACUGAUGACGAUUUUGAGAAGCUAAAUGUGUUGUGCGGGCUACCUAUUCCAGUCAGCCGUCUCGAAACAGCGAAACGCCCGCGGCGCGAGCGGUUUUGCGAUGUCACUCAUUACUCCGCCUCGAGUGAUGAAAAUAAGCAUAUGCUGUCUUCUUUGCUCUAUCACAUUGGAAGGAUGGACCUCAGAAAUCGUAUACUUGGUGUACAAGAAGCUGCUCUUACAAAAUCAUUCAAGAACGUGGGUGGUAUUCCUUGUGAGGUUCCAAAUUUUGUGGGGCGGAAAGGGCAACGCUCCCUCAUAAUGGAGAAACUGUCUCCGAAGGAUACCUGUCGCAUAGUUUCCAUCACAGGACCUCCAGGUUUUGGCAAAUCUGCAGUAGCCAUACAAGUAGGACGUGAACUGGUUUCAAAGGGAACGAUGGAUGUGUUCUAUAUUACCCUCAAGAGUAUGAGGUCAUUAAAUGGCAUGGUAAACUCCCUCCUGGGAGCUCUUCAAAUUUUAGCCGGCGCAGACCCAAUCCAGCAAGCAAAGCACUGUCUUCGCACACUAUCAAAUCACACCAUCAUCAUUUUGGACAACGUGGACGACAUGUUACUUCCUGAAAAGAAAGAUGCAUUUUGCAAUUUCGUGAAGUCUGUGGCCCAAACUGCUUCUCGUGUUAAGUUCAUGAUCACAUCCCGCCAAGUAAUAGACUUUUUAUCUGUCAAUAAGUUACCAGUCGGCUUGGACUCUCUUUGUCCAGACCACGCCAAAGAGUUGCUUUUGACACUGGAGUCAAGAGUAUCAGAGGAAGAUGCGGAACAGUUGGCCCACUACUGCGGUGGAGUGCCGUUAAUUCUACGCACCACAGCUGCUGUUUUAGCGAAAGGAAUUGAUGCUAAAGUUCUAAUAAGCGAGUUCCAAACAAGCCUGGUGCCAACCCUGAAAUCAUUCAAGUCGAGUCUUCCAACAUUGUCCCAUGAUCAUCAGCUUUUUCACUGCCUCGAAAUCUGUUUCAGUCGUUUACAACCUGACCAAAAAACUGCUCUUGUAUCUUUGGCGGUCUUCCCAAGAACAUUCAGCGCAGCUGAAGCCCAGUUUCUGUUUAGCCACCUCUCUCAGUACAGACUUGGAAUGUUGCUUCAAGGGCUAGUAGAUCAGUCCAUGCUCCAGUUUAAUUUCAUGUCAAAAGAGUACCACGUCCACAAUAUCAUUCAGUCAUUUUGUGUUGAUCGUGCAGUCCAAGAAGAUAUGAGACUACAGUACCAUUCAGCCAGAAAAUUAUUCAACGUUCGGUAUUUGGAAAUGUUACAGGAUCUAUACGCUGUUUUCUUGUCCCACAAUUGCUGCGAUGCCGUCCAAAAGUUUGUCAACAAUCGAUUCAACAUCAAGAAGGCCUUGAAAGAUUCUCUAUCUUUCCCCGAUUUGGAGAAAAAGUGCAUCGAUACGGCAGUCGAAGUUACUCCUUUCUUGGCCAAGGUGUUCACAAAAGCUAAAUUCCUUAGAGUAUACAGUAAAUUUACAAAUGCCUGCAUUGCAAAUGGAGAUAAGAAGAGACGAGGUGACUGUUUGACAGCAGAGGCCUACGGCAUCCUUUCCCAUUGUGCAUGUCACCUUCCGUGUCCAUCGGCUGUGUCCAAAUUCAAAGAGGCUGACAAGAUCCAAAAGGAACUUGGCGAUGACUCAUCUAUCAUUCGUGCCUUUUGCCUGAGUAAACUUGGCCGCUGUUUCGGCCAGCACAAAGACUUGGAUCAAGCCAUUCUACUGAUAAAGAAGUCCAUUGAGAUCGGUGAGAAGAAGAACAACAGGAUUUUUACUGCAGCAGCUUAUAAAGACCUGGGAGCUGCAUAUGCGUUUUGUGGAGAUCAUCAAGAGGCCAAUAAAAUCAGGGAGGAGUACUCACUUCCAGUGUAUCUAGAGUUCCUGGGAGACCAUCCUUUCACAGCUACUUUGAUGGACGACUUGGGAACAUCGUAUCAAGCUCUUGAAAACUAUGGCAGUGCGAUAGAGUUUCUGCGUAAAGCGCUGCACAUAAGAAAACACUCUCUGGGUAAUCAUCAAGUAACAGCAAGGUCAUUCUAUGACUUUGGAAAGGCUUUAGCCAUGAAAGAAGACCUGGAUGAAGCUCUCGAAGCUCUUAGAAGUGCCCUCGCUAUCCAAGACGAAGUGUUAGGAAACCACCAGGAGACAGAACGUUCACACAGGGAGAUAGCUUACAUCCUAAAAAAGCUUGGGCGACAUGAAGAAGCCAAAAGAGAGGAUUUAAUGGCUCAACAGGUGUCCAUGUCUGUUUCUGAGCCCCAGCCCGAGUCCUGAUUAUACUUUUAGUAUCCUUUGAAACUGUUUAUAUACAAGUACCGGCCAUAAUAACUCUUUAAGGAAAAUGAUUCGUUAAACUUAGUGCUAUUCUUAACCAUUAGCUUCAAUAUAGAUCUUAAGUUAUACUUACGCAUCGGUUGACCUCUUUAGCAUAACGGUGGCUUCCAGAGGAGCCUUUUGUGCCUUUUCACUCAGUGAGUAGAGCAAUGAGCGCGACGUUGUUAAGGGAAAAGUUGUUCGUAUUCGCAGUACAUUUUUAAAAGCUGGCGUUUGUGACUUCAUCUUCGGUCCUCGUCCCGUGGUUUAAGAUAAGGCUUCAAGGGAGAAGAAAAAGAAAGAGGAUUUUGUUCGCUGUAAGACAAAGUUGAGUAAUAUGCUACUGAGUCAAUUUUCCCAAAAAGUUGGAAACAGGGAAGCUUUUUGAAGUACGCCAGAAGCAACAGUUUUGUAUAGCAAUUCUUGGGACUCUUGGUAAUGUUAUACAGUUACAAAAGUUAGAUUUUAUUCACUAAAAUGUUGGCGUGUUUGAGAGAGAUUGAGUGAAAUAGAGAGAGAUUGGGGGAGAGAGAGUAGGAGAGAGAGGGAGAGAGAAAAAUAGUACUAUACCAUAGAAAUUUGAUUGUGACGUCCUCGAAAAUUUUUCAUUACGGUUCGAAAGUAAUCGCUGAAAUUAGGCAUUAUCUCUGAUUUCCUUCGCUCUCUGAUUGGUCCAAAAGUCUCGCGCCAACUCUUAACCCAGACCUAAAACUAAUCGCGUUUUCCAUUUCAUCAGCAGUUGCUUGUCAUCACUUCAAAAUCUUGCUGUGAAAUUUGCCUUCAUGCUGAUUGCUUUGGUUCCAGUUUUACGACAGCCAAUCAGAAAGAGCGUUGUAUCACCUUGGGCAUAAAUGUAUCGCGUGAUAUAGUGUAUUUUUUCAGAACUUAAGCACAGAACACACAUUAGUCCUCUAAGAUCUUACUGUGAAUAGCCACUUUUCAGUUCUUUCCACAUAUUUGCUUCGUCUAUGAUUUAACUUUGAGCAAACCUAUGGCAACGCGGAGUUCAUUUGUUACAGGAUAAUGAUUCCAUUUAGUUGUUGGUUAAGUAUUAAAUAAAUAAAAGAAAUUGAUUUACA